AUGAAAAAUUGUUCUCAGUCUUUUUUAUUUACUACAAAGCUAUCAUAAAUAAUUAGAAAUGGAUGCACUGUUACUUUAACUGUUUAUCAAGACAGACUAUCAUUAAGUGGACUUAAGAAAACUAGUUUAAGUGAGAAAAUUGAGAAGGAAAUUGACUUUUAAACUACUCAUUAUGUACUUAAUUGGGACUACUCUAAGUAAGAUUAUAGUUUAUUCUUUAAGUCAUUCUAAAGCCAUUGAAGGUUUCAGUCUUUGUAAACAUAAUACAAGAAGGUAUACCUUCGGUGGAAGCAGUGACCAGCUCAGCUAGUUAAAAAGUUUUUUAAGUGGUUUAAUGGCUUUUGCCGAUUGGGAAAAAGAUUUCAAGUAUGUGAAACAUGUUAGAAAUAAUUAGAAAUGUUAGGUACCAUUAUUUACAAAUCAUUUUUAAGAUAAUCCUUGCCAAAUAACAAAACUAGUUUCAAGUUCUAAAACUCAUUCAUCAUCAAGAAGUAAAUAACUAUAGUAAUACAAAAUAGAAUCCAGAAGAAUUACAAGCACUGAAACUACUUUAAAAGCAUCCUCAUCCAAAUGUACUUGGUUUUAAUUCAUAUUACAUUGACGAUAUGAAUUGUUAUCUUGUCAUGGAUUACCUAUCUCUAGGCACAUUGUAUGACCUUUAGAAAAUGUACAACUAUAAAUUACCAAUCCACAUCAUCUAAGAUGUUAUGUAACAGAUUUUGGAGGGUAUUAUUAUAUAUCGAAAAAAUUAGGUUUAAACCAUUUGCAUUAAUUAAAAAUCAUACAUAGAGAUAUUAAAUAUGAUAAUAUCAUGAUUGCCUCUAUCAAUCCAUUACAAAUAAAAAUUAUCGAUUUAGGACUCUGUGUGAUUAAUUAACCGUCUUUCUCUAGAGCUGGUACUGGAGGAUAUAUUGCACCUGAAGUAUUUUAAUCAACUAGAAUCACCGAAAAAAUUGAUAUAUUUAGUACUGGAGCUGUAUUUCAUAAAUUACUUGUUGGUAAACCUAUAUAUGAAGAUCUUGGUUAAAAUUAAGCAGGUAAUAUUCGAAUCAGUUCUCAUAUUCAAAAUGAAAAUGCUCUCGAUCUAUUGAAUUAAAUGUUGAAUUUUGAUCCUAAAUUAAGAUACAGUGCUUAUGAUUGUAUAGCUCAUCCUUUCUUUACUGAUGAAUAUGAUUAACUCUCUUCAAAGUAUUAAUAUCAUAUUUAAUUAAGAACUGAUUUAUUUUAGUAUUUGUCUCCAAAACAAGCAAAGUUAUAAGUCUAUACUCCAGCAACAGAUUUCAUAUCUAAUUAGAAUGUGUACCCAUUUAAACUUAAUUGA